AAGGGCCGGGCAGGAGAAUCUCUCCCUUCUUCCGCAUCCUCUCCGGCGACGGCGAGGCUCCGACGGCGGCCUGAGAUGGCGAGGAAGGGCGUGUCCUACGUGACGGCGGCGGAGGUCGUGUCCAUGGUCGGCGACCCCCACGUCGCAAUCAUCGACGUCAGGGACGAGGAGAGGAUCUGCGACGCCCACAUCGCCGGCUCGCACCACUACGCCAGCGACGGCUUCGCGGAGCGGCUGCCGGAGAUCGCGGAGGCCACCAGGGGCAAGCAAACCCUCGUCUUCCACUGCGCCCUCAGCCAGGUGCGCGGUCCAACUUGUGCAAGAAUGUUUUCUGACUAUUUAUCAGAGACCAGGGAAGAUUCAGCCGUAAAGAGCAUCACGGUCCUCGAACGUGGAUUCAAUGGAUGGGAGCUUUCAGGGAGACCUGUUUGCCGCUGCAAGGACGCUCCUUGCAAGGGUGUAUGCUCUUGAGCACUGGUGCCAACAUGUUGCAUUUUUUUCAACUGUGAGGGAUACUGCUCCGCGUGUUAC